AUGGCCAUCGCCAGACCGGUGUCAGAGCUGUGGAGGCCGGAGAGGAGAGCUGAAGUCCAGGUUCUGUGCCAGCUGGCCUCGAUGUUUACGGGACUGACCUCCGAGGAGCCCUUCGAAGGCUCUGACAUGGCUUUGCCGGUGGGAGACGCGUUCAGCGUGCCACGGUGGCAGGUGGCGGUGCCAGCCCACAGAGGGCUGUCGGGGGCGGGCGAGGACACUCACGCACAGUUGCCUCCACAGUACAUCCUGGAGCUGGAGGCCAAGAUGGACGAGCUGCGGGCCAUGCUGAAAGCGAGCGACUGGGAGAAGGUAGUUUGGGAUGAGCAUCUCACAGGACCGUUUAGCUUGCUUGCACAGUGCUCACUUCUAAAGGAACAUGAGGUGGAGAAAAUGUUCACACUCAAAGGAAGCCUCUUGCCAGCAGCCGAUGUCAAGAAUAUCAAUUUUUUCGUCAGACCCCGGCUAGAACUGAUGGAUAUAAUGGCUGAAAAUGUGCUUAGUGAAGACAGACGUGGCCCCACAAGAGAUUUCCACAUUUUGUUUGUGCCCCGGCGUAGCCUGCUGUGUGAGCAGCGGCUGAAGGACCGGGGCGUCCUGGGCUCCUUCAUCCACAAGGAGGAGUACAGCCUGGACCUCUUUCCCUUCGACGGGGACCUUCUCUCCAUGGAGUCGGAGGGCGCCUUCAGAGAGUGCUACCUGGACAGCGACCAGACGAGCCUGUACCACGCGGCCAAGGACCUGAUGACGCUGCAGGCCCUGUACGGGACCAUCCCCCAGAUCUUCGGCAAGGGCGAGUGCGCCAGGCAAGUGGCCAAUAUGAUGAUCAGGAUGAAGAGAGAGUUUGCAGGAAGCCAGAAUUCCAUAUUUCCUGUUUUUGAUAACCUCUUGUUGCUUGAUCGAAAUGUGGAUUUAUUAACGCCCCUUUCGACUCAGCUGACAUACGAGGGACUCAUCGAUGAAAUUUAUGGCAUCCAGAACAGUCAUGUAAAGUUGCCGCCCGAGAAAUUCGCCCCGAAGAGGCAGGGUGACGGGCAGGACCUGCCCACAGAGGCCAAGAAGCUGCCGCUGAACUCAGCCGAGGAGCUCCACGCCGAGAUCCGAGACUGCAACUUCAACGCCGUGGGCGCCGUGCUCAGCAAGAAGGCCAAGGUCAUCUCGGCCGCCUUUGAGGAAAGGCACAACGCCAAGACGGUGGGCGAGAUCAAGCAGUUCGUCUCCCAGCUACCCCACAUGCAGGCGGCGCGGGGCUCCCUGGCCAACCACACCUCCAUCGCCGAGCGCAUCCAGGACGUGACAACGUCUGAAGACUUCUUUGAUCAGUUAACCGGGGAGCAGGAGUUGAUGUCUGGAAUAGACACUGAUCAGGUCAACAGUUAUAUCGAGGACUGCAUCGCCCAGAAGCAUCCACUCAUCAAGGUGCUCAGGCUCAUUUGCCUGCAGUCGGUGUGCAACAGUGGGCUCAAGCAGAAGGUUCUGGAUUAUUACAAAAAAGAGAUCUUGCAGACAUACGGCUACGAGCACAUCCUGACGUUACAGAACCUGGAGAAGGCCAGGCUGCUGCGGCCCCAGCAGGGGGACAGGAACAGCUACCCCACCUUCCGGAAGACCCUGCGCCUCUGGAUGGACGAUGUGAAUGAGCAGAACCCCACGGACAUCGGCUAUGCCCCCCUCAGCAUGCGGCUGGCCCAGCUGCUCUCCCGGCCUGGUUGGCGCAGAAUCGAGGAAGUUCUGCGCAUUCUCCCGGGCCCCCACUUCGAGGCGCAGCCGCUGCCCACGGGCCUGCAGAAGAAACAUAGUCAGAUUGGGCUCAAGGCGCUGGGGGGCUCGCCCCACCUGGUGGAGUUUGCCAAGGGCCCAGGCGCCCUCACCAAGGUCCGUCUCUGA